AUGCUUGCCAUGGCCUCAACAGAACAUGGUGCUGAUCUUCAAACAGCAUUGGGAAUUUCCUCAAUGAAAAUUACUCUUUCUCCGAGAGGAGGAGAUAAAGGAGAGGAUGAAGAAGAGGAGUUUGCAGAGCCAAUCAUCAUGAAAGAAGAGAUUCUUGAUGAUCCAAACAAUGAUAUUUCUUUUAUAGGGAGCGAGAUGCAAGCAUCUCUUGAACCAUUUGGAUUUCAGUUUCGAAGAAGAAUGAUUGGAGGGCAACAUGUUCCAGCAAAAUCAAUCGAGUUAAAAGGAGUUGAUAACCGCAAAUUGAGCAACGGAGUUGACAAGCUAAACAACAUUAAAAAAAACCACCAAAGAUUGAAAGCAUUUUCUCCUGUUCGGACUCGAAUAUCCGACUUCAAUGGAGUUGCACCUGCUCCCACAAAGACAGUGGUUCAUGUCCCGUUAGAAGAGUUUUCAUCAAGAAAGGUAGAAACGAAUGCAACAAUUACUUCACAAGUUCAGAAAAAAGUCACAAAGCAGAGCGACCUUGUCGAUGAUUCCCAAUUAAAUAUUGAAAUAACAAAAGAAAGAACUUUUGAUGAAAGUCCCAUACCAGAUCACACCAACGAAAUUAUUGUUAACGUAAUUAGACAAGAACCAUCUGAUUUUUCCGACAACUGCCAGUCUGAUGGAUUAGAUGUCAUCAAAACUAAGGUCAUUGUUCCUGAUGAGUUAUUAGACAUCACGCUUGAAACGAAACGAAUGAUGGAGGAAGAUGUUUCUAACAUGAAAAAUAAUGUAAAGAAGGUCUCACUGUCAACCCAACUGGACUAUUUUAAACGAAAGAGCAGAGAAGUAGUAUCUGAGCCUUACAAAAAUCAUUUUUUUGCUCUUGACAGGAGGAAGCAAUCACAAGCUGUUCCCAAAAAAAGUAUUUCAUCUGGAGAAGAAGUUGAGUUAGAGAAAAAAGAUGACUCCUUUAUUUCUUUGAAACUUCCUCAGAUAGACAAAAGGAAGAAGAAAAGGAAAACGAUUAAAGAUCUGUCCCCAGAAAAAUACCUGGAGAGCGCAACAAACGAUUCAUAUAUAAAUCGGAAUGGAUCAAUAGAAAUAAUGGAUUUGCAAGAAAUGGAUUUUUAUGACGGAUCUGAAGAGUUAGGAAUUGUGGAUGACGUCAUUAAAAUUGCAAGUGCAAGAGGAGUUCCACAAAUACCUAGGUCAAAAAUUCCAAAGAAAUACCAUAUCAUCGAAAGGUCACCAAUUGUCACAAAAGAAGAACUUGAAAAGCAAGCUGUAUAUAACGGAGACAGAAGAGUUUGGGAAACUACUGUAUUUCCUUCAAAUAAGCCAGCAUCAAGAAUGGAAGUAGUUCAGCUAGCUCGAACGUUUGAGUUAAUGCUAGAAGAAAUGAAUGAAAAUUCAAAAGAAAUGCUUGUGGAGGAAGAAAUGAAAGUAUUGGAUACAAUAUCUUCUGAAAUAUCAAGACAAAUUAGCGUGCAAUGUGCCGAAAGAGGCAUUCUCCUUGAUAGAGUCAUUCAUAGAUUUAAACAGUUAGUUAAAAAAUCAGUGCAAGCAACAGAGGAAGUUUCUCAAAAGAUUGAAGGAAUCGCCUCUUCCAAUGAACACAAAACUUCAGCAUUAAUAGAAUUCUAUACAGACUCGAUAAAGUCAAAAGAAGAAAUUGUAAAGAAAAAGGAGGAUGAGAACGCAGAUCUGAUAAAACAGGUAGCCAAGCUGAAGGAGCAGUUACGUCAGACUCGAAAGGGAAUUAAGGCGAUUACCUCCAAUUUCUUUGCUGAAAAAUUAAUGCAAGAGAUGGUGACAAAGAGUUUGCAAGUUACUCCAAGAGAUUCCACUCCAAGAAACACUGACAAAUUAUUUACGGAAGAGGAUUUGAAACAAAAACUCGAGGAAAUGAUGUCAAAGGAGGCGGAUUUAUCUAUUACAACCGUAGAUAGAGGAGUGAACACGUCAUUAAUGGAGGGAGUCAGCUUGGAGAGUGUAAGAGCAAUUGAAAGAUAUAAUUCACUUUUUGCAACAGACUACACGGUUGAGGUAGUUGAAGAAUCAACCCAAUUAAUGGAAGCCUCUGUUGUGACAGAAGAGACGCAGACUGAAAAGAAAGAAGAGCAACCUGUAGAAGAAAAGAAAGUAGAACAACCUGUUGACAUUAUUUACAAAGACAAGGAUGGAAAUAUUAUUUCUAAACAAAGAUAUGAAUAUCUUCAGAAACUCAGCUAUGGAUUUGUUAAGGACGUGUCUGUUCAGUUUAUUACUGUUUCUAAACCACCAAUGAAGCCCUCGAACUCAAUUGCAACACAAACUGAAAAUAGGACUAAAGAUGAAAUAGAUAGGACUAGUCCAAACUCCCCUUUAGAAAACACCAAUUCUAGGAGUGACAUAAUUUCAAAAAGAACUGAAGAAUAUAACAGUAGAGGAACAGAUUCGCAAAAUGGGGUGAGAAGCUCAAACUCAAAACGUGCUCUUACCAGUGAAGAUUUUAAACAUCGAAUGAAACUGGUGAAGCCAGAAGAUAUAUUCCUCUUGUUCAAAGAAAUUUUAGAAUCCAGCAAGAAAACAAGAAAGCAAAGUUUGAGAUGGCUAAAUCGAGUAAUUUUAGAAGUGUUUAACGAGUUAGCAGUGAGUGACUUCCUAUACAAUACGAACGGAAUUAUCAUGACUAGGAAAUUUGUCUAUGACUACUUUUUGUUGAAGUUUGGAUUACCAUCAAUAGCAUUGACACAUUUAUCGGAAUUUCUCAUUAACAUCAAACUAAAAUUUAAGGAAAGUAUUCGAGUUCAAAUGUUCUGCCAAUUUUGUCCCAUCACAGAAUGGAUUGGUCAAACCUCAUACCCCGAAUAUACCAUUCAAACCCUUCAAUUCUACCUUAAAAUCAUUGGUAUUACCAAAUCUGUAUUAAAUAAGCGAGCAUUGCAUGAACUUGAAGAUGGUUCAUUAUUUGUAUCUCUUGCGUUUGUAAAUAACUUGAUGGAGAGACUUCAGCUUCCAUUACUUCUCGAAGAAUUACAAGAGUUUAUUCUCAACAUCAAGGAACAAUCCUCUGAUAAUUUCAUUUACUAUGAUUACUUGUUGAAAUUGCUCAUCGAGUUGUACUAUAACAAGAUUGUUUUAAAAAAACGAAGAGUCACCCAACAGGAAAACAGGAAUGUAAUGGCCAAACCAUCUGGUCAACAAAUCUCAAUUACCAUCACCUCAUUCAAGAAAAUGCUCAAAACCUUUUUCAAGAAUCUUUAUGUUGUUAGGGAUAAGAUGAAUGGCCCUCAUGAAUUUGUAAGCAAAAGUGACAAGGUUUCAAAAUCAUAUCUAUUGGAAGUCUAUCAUGUAACAACAUCAGUUUUUUAUGAACUCAUCGACAGCCAAGUCUCAGAUUCAGAGAAACAAAAGCAUCUCAAGCAAUUGCAUUCUUUACUUUUUUCAUCGAUGGAAAGGCAAAAUCUUGAGGAUGGAAUGAACUCCUAUCGAGCAUUUGUGAUUGAGGUUCUCUCCUCAGUGGUCGAUGAGACUCACAAAAUAUUUGCCAUCAUGAUCCAAAAGCUUGUUCCACUCGUGACAAGAAACGUAUGA